AUGGCCCGCUCUAACUCAGCAUGGGGCUCAUGGACCAGAGGGGUGAUGCUGUUGGGCUUCAUGGCAACGACAGUAAAUGCAGGACAAAUCCUCAAGACGAGUGGUUUCAGCGAUUGCGGUUCCGACUCCUCCGUGAAAGUUGACAAGAUUGACAUCAGUUACAACAACGAAAACAAGACCGUGAGCUUCGACGUGGCAGGCUCAAGCAGCAAAGAACAAAAUGUAACCGCAAUCCUCAAUGUUACUGCUUACGGAAACACAGUGUACUCCAAAAGCUUCAACCCUUGCGACAAGGGCACAUUUGUCCAACAAUUGUGCCCUGUACCCGUGGGCAAAUUCGCAGCCCGUGGAAGCCAGCAGAUUCCUGCAGAGUUUGCCAAUAUGGUGCCUGGUAUAGCCUUUCAAAUACCCGAUAUCUCUGCUGUCGCGACUUUGCAAUUGGUCAGUGCGGACGGUGGAAAGAAGGUUGCCUGCAUUCAGUCUGAUGUAUCCAAUGGCAAAACAACUGAUAUUCCCGUGAUAUCCUACAUUGCUGCUGGUGUCGCCGGUGCAGCUUUGGUCCUGACCGGCGUUUCGGCUGCUGGCGCUGCUCUGUCUGGCGGCAGCGCUGCUCUUGGAGGCGGGUCUGGUGGAGGUAUGGGAACCAUCAGUCCCAGCUUCGGCGAGACAAUUGGAUGGUUUCAAGGAAUGGCAAUGAAUAGCAUGUUGUCGGUCAACUAUCCUCCCAUUUAUCGAAAUUUUGCCAAAAACUUUGCAUUCUCGGCGGGUGUCAUUCCAUGGUCGGGGAUGCAGACCGCGAUUGAUGACUUCCGGUCAAAAACAGGUGGAAAUUUGACGCAAGACAACUACCGAUAUCUUCAAAAUGCUACGCUGGUAUUCCCAGAUGGUUCGACCUCGAGUCCAAACAAAGGACUAUUCAAUUUCAAGCGGUCAAUUGAUGCCUUUGUGGAUUUGGCUGAAAGAGCCAUUGAUACUUCUAUCAACUCGACCGACACUGCUGGCAAUGAUGGCGGAGAGGACUUUCAACACAAAGUACAGGGCAUCCAGGCUUUUGCCGAGAAGCUGCUCGUUCCCAAGUCGAACAUUUUUAUGAGCGCGUUGCUAAUUGUGGCAAUUAUAAUCGGCGUGAUUGUCGUUGGUAUUCUCCUUGUCAAAGUUAUUCUUGAAGCUUGGGCCCUAUUUGGCAACUUUCCAGAAGGCUUGAAAGGUUUUCGAAAGCACUAUUGGGGUUCCAUUGCGCGAACCAUCACAUCCCUGAUUCUUCUGCUUUACGGCAUCUGGGUACUGUACUGCGUCUUUCAAUUCACAACCGGCGACUCGACCGUUGCCAAAGUCCUGGCAGCUGUCACCCUUGCUGUUUUCACCGGUAUUUUGGCCUUCUUCUCCUGGAAGAUUUGGUCAGUGGUUCACACACUGAAGCAAAAAGAUGGUGACGCAGCGGCCAUGUAUGAAGACAAGAAGAUCUGGGUCAGGUACUCUCUGUUCUAUGAAUCUUACAAGAGGCAGUACUGGUGGUUGUUCGUCCCGGUCAUAUUUUACAUGUUUGCCAAGGGCGUCGCGAUUGCUGCCGGAAAUGGUCAUGGUAUGCCUCAGACUAUUGCCCAACUGAUCAUCGAAGGCCUCAUGCUUUGUCUGCUGCUCUGGGCCCGACCGUUUGAACGCCGUUCCGGCAAUGUCAUCAACAUCAUCAUUCAAGUUGUGCGAGUUUUGUCUAUUGCCUGCAUUUUGGUUUUCGUUCAAGAGUUUGGAAUCAAACAGACAACGCAGACAGUCGCAGGCGUGGUACUCAUCGCAGUUCAAGCCACGCUGACGGUAGUACUCGCAAUUCUCAUUGCUUGGAAUGGAAUCAACGCUUGCUGCAAAGUGAACCCCCAUCGUAAGAGAAGAAAGGAAGCGGAACAACUCAAACGUGACAUGGACAACCUCACCCCGCUUGAUGCACGCAACUCUUUACUCCUUGAUCGAGCACCAGUACCCGAAAAAUCUAUGUUUUCCGCCUCGGCCGAUUUGAACGAGAAAGGCCACAGCCGGGCUGACUCAGCGGAACGAUACUACCAAGGGGGCGGUGAUUUGAGACCGCCAGUUGCGCCUUCCGGAGGACACAUGUACAGGCCACUGACACCGACUACGCCGCAUGACUCCCAGAGCCUUCUGGAUGGAGCUGCGCCUAUAGGCGUAGCUGACCGACAACCAGCUGUACCAAAUGUUGAUCGAGAGUAUCGUGGAGCAUAUGGACCAUCCUACGCCUACGGCAAUGGAGGACGGGGUUAUUAG